UCCAGCAUCCCCACGGAAUAAUAAAUGCCAUUGUUUAUUUGACUUGUUGAGUGCAUGUGCUUGUCCGGUGGCUUCGCGGGCCGAUCGAAAUCGAAGCCCGAAUUAAAGAUACAAUGAUUUUAUGGAGCUGCAUCGUUAACGUGUAAUGUGCAUUAAUAAUUUAGGCCCACGACUCAGCGCACACACACCUGCAUACAUACAUAUAUAAGCCAUAAGUGAUGCGCGAUUGCCGAGAGUGAAAAUUUAUAACUGCGCAAACGCAAACGCGUUUCUUCACCUAGAACCAUUCGAAAAACCCAGAAGCAAGCAGCCCCCCACCAAUGACGCCGCUCACAUCCUCGCUGCUGCUCCUCUCGCUGCUGACGUCGCGGCUCGAAGCAAUUCCGGUUUUGGAGAAGACCCCCGCCCAUCCUGCACAUCCCGCUCACACCGCCCAUCCCUCGCCUGGCGUGCGAAUUCUUCGCGCACCCGAAUCUUUGGUGGCGCCCCUGGGAGACGAGGUGGUGCUGGAGUGCGAGACCAGUUUGCAGCCAGAGCGUUUCGAAUGGACUCAUCGUGCUAGCAAAUCCCCAGGCGCCGGAUUCAAGUACUUUCGCACAGGCACGGCCAAGGCGAAUGUCACCCAGGAGGCGGCCAUUUCGCGGCUAACGAUUCUCGUUCGGCCGGACACUCUGGGGGAGUACCGAUGCAUUGGCUGGUUCGGUCCACUGGUGGUCACCUCCACCACAGCCCGCCUGGAGCUGGCCAGCAUUAGCCUGAUGGGUGGCCAGGAAUCGGAAUCACCCCUUCAAUGGCGUGUGACUGCUGGAAACUCUGUACUCUGGUCUUGUGGCCAACAGGUGCAAUCCAAUCCGUCUGCCAGUUGGUCCUACUACCGAAACGGAGUGGAAAUCAAACCAGAGUUUGCCGGCACGAAUGGAAAUCUGUUUCUAAGCAACGUAUCCUCUGAAUCCUCAGGAAACUACUCCUGCCAGGCCACCAACCCUGCUUCUGGGGAGAGAAUCCAGCUGGUCGGCUCGCUGCAACUGCAGGUUACACCAAUCCAGAGGUCGCAGAGCAAGUCCCCACACUUGCUCAAGGGACAGCCGAGCUCCCAAGUAAUAACCAGCCGGGAAGGUAGCUCGGUGCUGCUGCUAUGUCCUGGAGUAGGAUCACCGCCACCCACUGUUGUUUGGAGCAGUCCUGAUGUUGCUGGAGCAGUUAAGAAUAAGCGUUCAAAAGUUUCUGGUCAUGCUCUGGAGAUAGCCAACAUCGGAGUCCAGGAUGCAGGCACUUAUAUCUGUUUCCAGGACAAUGGAGUUCGUCAUGCGCUGGAACACUAUAUACAUGUACGCGUGGAGCAGCCGCCGCAGAUUGUGCGAUCACCAUGGACAAAUAUCACCAACGAGGGCGAGCACUUGCAGCUGGAUUGCGAGGCCACGGGAGUGCCUGCGCCACAGAUCUAUUGGCUGCUGAACGGACAUAGCAGUCUUGAUGAUACGGAGGCUGAGCUGAGCACAAAUUCCCUGGUAUUGCACAGUGUCUUAAAGCGUCAUGCCGGCUAUGUCCAGUGCUUUGCUCGGAAUACUUUGGGCGAAGACAGUGCCGGUACCCUACUAGAGGUGAAUGCGAAGCAGAUACAGGAACCCCGUGAAUCGGGAGGAACCCACCGUCCAAAGUCGAACCAGGGAACCAAACUGAAGCAGAUGUUCCCACCUUCUCCGCCAAACGUUACCCGACUCACCGACGAAUCUGUGAUGCUCCGCUGGAUGGUGCCCCGCAACGAUGGAUUGCCCAUUGUGAUUUUCAAGGUGCAGUACCGCAUGGUUGGCAAGCGCAAAAGCUGGCAGACCACUAACGAUAACAUACCCUACGGAAAGCCUAAAUGGAACUCCGAGGCAGGCAAGAGCUUCACGGCCUCUGUGACGGAUUUGAAGCCUGAGCAUACAUACCGCUUCCGCAUCUUGGCCAUUUACUCCAACAACGACAAUAAGGAGAGCAAUACCUCGGCCAAGUUUUACCUCCAGCCAGGCGCAGCCCUUGAUCCGAUGCCAGUGCCGGAACUGCUGGAGAUCGAGGAAUAUUCAGAAACGGCGGUGGUGCUGCACUGGAGCUUGGCCAGCGAUGCGGAUGAACGACUGAUUACAGGCUACUAUGCCUACUAUCGCCCCUCGUCCUCAGCUGGCGAAUAUUUCAAGGCUACCAUUGAGGGAGCUCAGGCGAGGAGUUUUAAAAUCGCUCCCCUGGAAACGGCCACUAUCUACGAGUUCAAGCUGCAGUCCUUUAGCUCUGUCUCGGCGUCCGAAUUUAGUGCCCUCAAGCAGGGACGAACCCAGCGUCCCAAAACCAGCACCACGGAGGAGCCUACCCAGCAGAUGGGCGAUUCCACCACUCCCAGUCACAACGAAACGUUCAGCAUGAGUCCCAUGCUGACGGGCACAAUUGGUGGCGGAGCAGUCCUUAUGCUGCUUUUGAUUAGCACUUGUUUGUGCGUGUGUCGGCGGAGGAAUUCCCGAGGCAGAGGAAACAAUCCGAACAAGCCACGAAUGGCGGAGCUGCGGGAUGAUUUCGUGCCACUGGGAAACUGCUCUCCCACCAAGCAGCGCCAACGAACCCGUCACAUUCACAUCACCCUCAAUCCGCUGGCCCAACAGCAGCAGCAGGCGAUGGAGGAGAAGAACGACACGGACCAGGAUACGGCCUACUAUCAGCGACCAUCCAACUACGACUACGAUCCCGGCCUGCGGAGGAUGUCCUCCUCCUCGCUGCGUCGCUCACAACGCACGCUGGAACGUGCGGGCGGCAGUAAUGGCUCCAGCAACGGCAACAAUAACAAUCUGAAUCAGUCCGCAGAGGCGGGCCUGGUCGACAAUCCCGGAAAGCCAGGUCGUGUACUCAUCAAGCGUCCUCGGCUGUCCAGUCGCUCCGAGAACCUUUCUUCCGGCAGCCUCAACAGCGUGGGCGUGUAAUCGCAAUCUCGUGAUCUUUUAGUCUGUACAUCCCUACGCCCGAUGUAUUAUGCUAUUCCUCUACCUCUGUUUUAUCUACCACUUUGAAUGACAAAACCUUUGCUGUUUGUACUUAUACGAAUACCACCUAGAAUUAAGGUACUUAAAUAGACAUUACUAGAUUUAUGCAUGCAUGAUCGUUUAAGAACAUAGCAUUAUGUCCAUUCUAUGGUUAAGUCUUCCAUGUUUCGCGAUAAGAUCAAAAUCUGUACUGAUAGCUUCUAAACGACUUUUACAAAAAUGACAAUAAAGCUUGUUAGCUUCAUCUUUUAACCUUA